UCCUGGAUCCAUAUGUGGGAUGACCCGGAACAGAAGUCACAUGACCAUCAGGAUAUUAGACCUCACCUUGGAGAUCAUCUACCUGCUGACUGGAGAGGUGUAUGUACCUGAAUCAAAGCCCAGCAGUCAUGUGGCACCGAACAGCCGCAACUGUGUGUCCAUAGGUUGGCGCAAGAGCCACAGCCCCAUCAUGGACCCUCCACCUCCCUCCCAGAUAGAUGAGAGAAUCAACGACAAGAAGAUCCUGGAGGUCAUCCAGAAGAUGAUUGAGCUGCUGACAGGAGAGGUGAGCGGUGCCGGGAAUUCUGGGACAUGAUCCAGGA